CCCCCGAACCACCCACUAUUAAACGUUUACUGGGAAGCAGCUGGAAGUCCUCCAUCAACCACCUGAUCAGCAAGUGAAGAAAAGACAACUUUGUAGCUGCUUCAUCCACCCUGUUUGUUUCACACAGGGAAAAACUGCUGUACGGAAGUUAAAAUAUGCAGAUGAACUGUAAUUCUUAUCCAAUUACUUCAGUAAUCAAUGGAAUUAUCGAUAGAAUACUUAAUUACUAAAGUUGCAGCCCUAAUUUAAUUUGCUCCUUUAGGACAGCACCACCACAACAUGUGAGAGAGAUGUAUGCUCAAGGCAUGAUUGAAAAGUUCCCAAACCUGCGUGAUCCUUAUUCCAAAAAUGGAUAUUGGCUACUUAGCAUGGAGGCUUAAAACCAUCCAGAGGAAGAGCACCUUAUCAGAGGGGAGAAGAUCAUCAUGUCAGCUGACUGGGUGUGGACCAACAGCCAGACGAGAUGCUUCAUUUAACCCUGAGGUGACCCUAAGAGAAGAGCCAUAUAAGGAAGCUAAUUCCUUCAUGAAAUACUCUUCUGAUGAGGCCGCCAUCAGGAACAAAAUGAAGAUGAUGUUUGAUUACCGUUGCAAGAUGGUCCUGGACGAAAACAGAUCAUCCAGCGUCUUGACUGAAUUUCCUCGCUUCAGAGAUGUCAGAGGCUUGAUUGAUCAAGACUUCAUUCUGGAAUUUGGAGAAGAUGUAGCUACCAGGUUUUUGGAGAGGUGGCCGACUGUUUUCAAGCAUAAAGUGAUCCAGCAGAGCAAGACUCUCCCUACCUCAACCGACCUUGAAGAAGUGAUCUACUGUGCUGAAGGAGCUUCAAGUGAGGAGGAACUGGAUGAGACCCUUACCUCUGGCUGGGACAGUGAUCUUGCUUCCAUCAUUCUCCUGUUCCACCUGAUUCCUCCUUCCUGUCAGGGUUACAAAAGACGUGGGAAGGUUUCUCCAUCCCAGGAUGAGGAGCACCAUGUGGUCUUCCAGAAGAGUGGAACAAGUGUCCAGGAACAUGCUGAUGCCAUGAACUCCACUACGCAGCCCUACCCACUUGCUGUUGGGACAAAGAGGAGCACCAUUCAUGAGUUCUUCAUUGUUCUGGACAAGCAGGUCGUACCAUGCAAGUCAGCCAGCUCACUUGGAGCUUUUGAUGAAAUUUUUCACUUCGUAUUUGGAACUGUUUAUAAUCAAAUGCUCCACAACAUGUACGUCUUGGAACUUGGAGAGUUAAAGAGCAUCUCUCCACUUCUCCAGGCUCUCAUCCACUUACUCCCUACUCUCACUACAGAUCACAGUGUUGUCUGCAAACAUGACAUAAACUCCUUCCUGACCUCAUCUGGCAAACUCUGUAAGCAAAACAUGACUCAGAGCUGA